GCAUUGUUCCGAGGGGGCGGCCCGCCCGAAGACCGUAGUGCUUUCUCCUUAUAUUGGUGUACUUUUUUCCAUCGCUCGCCUACUAUUCACCUAGACGCGUGUGUCGUAUAAAAAAAAUACGCGGCCAAUGUUGGCCUCUUUGUUGACUCGGCCAAGUUUUUCCGCGCCCCCAAAGUUACCUUGGUUUUGUUCGCGAGUAUAAUACACGUCACUGCUGCUGCUGCUUGCCACCGCUCACCUCGUCGAAAGUUGCAAACGUCCAAGGACGCGUUACACGCCGCCUCGCAAUAGAGGGUGAAAAUAAAGCAAAGGAAAAGCUCGGGCCAGCAACGAGCGCAGCCGAGCUAAACCCUCUCGUCGGCUAAAAGAAUCUAAACGGUUAUCGAAUCAGCCAAGGAUUAAUUCAUCCGAUCGUAUUUGAUACGCACGACGCUCGAAGCCGUCGAGUGCAUAAUAAAGGGAGCGAUCGAGAGGGCCGAUGACGACGACUAAUACGGGCCAGCUCGAAGACAAAUUCCGGCCACUUCUCGGCAUGCAUCAUCCUUCAACGAAUUAGCUUUGACAUCGUCGUUUAUAUAUUAUACUCCGACGGGUCAACGCCAUGCAGCUACGCCACCCAGAAGGAAAUCCGUCAUUUCGCUAACCGGAUAUAUCUCUUUCGGAUUCGGAUUUUAGUGCGUCGUAGCUCGCGCGCCUCUGGACUCGCUUCUAAAUGCAACUGCGACCAAACGAAUGAGCAGAAAAAUGGAUCACAGGGCGAAACUUUACCUGCUCGCUUUGGCCUGCUGUCAGUGCUGGCCCGUGGCCACGAUCUUCGGACUAACGGGUGAAAACGUUUGUCACCGCGUGGAGAAUUUCACGGUGACGUCGAGGGAGCGCUACGUCGAGCCGGUGGUUAUUCACACGCUCGCCUGGUGCCUGCAGAUACCGCCCCGCUGUCCGCAGAAACGCACGGAAAUGCGAGAACGCUGGCGCAUGAAGACGGAAGUGAAAUUCAAGAGCGUACCCGUGUGCUGCGAAGGAUACGUAAUGCAAGAGGUCGUGGGUAACGCAAGCACCGCCGAUGCCAAGUGCGUGCCGCGCUGCGAGAAAUGCCGAAGCGGAGUCUGCGUAGCGCCCAACCAGUGCAGCUGCGAUCCGGGAUUCCAAGGACAGGAUUGCGCUCGCGAGUGUCCACAGGGUAGUUGGGGUCAGAAUUGCAAAAACCAGUGCAACUGCCAGGGCGACCUUACGUGUAAUCCCAUCAACGGCGACUGCCUCUGUCCAGCUGGAUGGACGGGCUCCCGCUGCGAGAGCAAAUGCCCGGAUGGCCAGUGGGGUCAGAGCUGCAGCUCCACCUGCCAGUGCGAAAGUCCGCGAACUCGAUGCCACCACGAGACCGGCGAGUGCCCGGCGACGACGGCCGCGACGAGUAACGCCGACAACGGCGAACUGCUCAUCGAUCCCUACGAGGCGUCCGGGGUCAAUCUCGCGCCUAACGCCGCUGCCGACGAGAAGCUGCUACAGGCGGGACCGGCCGUUCUUGCUCCGGACCAGGAGUACAACGCCGAGGUCAUCGAUUUCGACAAGGAGGCCAGCAGCGUCCCGAGAAUCGUCGACGCGGAGGAAAACGACUCUGCGACCAUCUCGAGCCUGCCCGACGACCUGCUACCGGCUGUGACGACGGUGCAGCCGACCGCCCGGACAGUCGGCUCGUCCGACAGCUCGAGCACGAGAAUCAUCGGCACGAUUCGCACGGCCACGACGACGCAACUUAAUCCAGCGGUGACGGCGGCGACUAACGAAGCUGCGGCCACCGAAGGAAAUCAACUUUCACGCUCCAAGAGGCCGCUCGAAAAGCAGCAGCAGCCUGCGACACCGCCCGGCGAGCGUUUUGACUUUGAUGAGCAACAGAACAACUUUCGCGUCAUUGUCUCGCCGCAUAAAGGUGACUCGAGCUCGGCAAAGUCGUCGAUACCGAUCGACGUGGCCGCCAUGAUCGUCGUCGGCGCCCUCGUGUCCAUCGGACUGACCUCGGUGGCAGCCCUCAUGAUUUUUCACGCCCGCUCGCGGCUGCUCAAGACCGCGCUGUCGAUCUACGGCCCGGACAAGGUCAUAGAUCAGCGCCAGUACAUCGAGAAGGACGCGACCCUCGGCUCGACGACGACCAGCGCCUCGAGCAAAACUCUGGACGUCAACGUGGCGACUCUGCCUCGAGGUACAUUGACGAGGACUAGUCCCAUUUACGGCACGUCCGUGGAUACCAAUGCAGCACUGCUGACCUUCGACGACAGACCGCCCGAGUACGCCAACGGCACCGUGACCAUCGGCAUUCGACUGUCCAGCAAUAUCAGAGAUUUGUUGGAGAGUCACUACGACAGGCCCGCGUCUUGUUCGGGGACGAUGAGGAACAGCACAGCGACAUUGCCCACAACGGGGGCGGCGACGACGACGACGACUUCGCUCGGCGUGGGCGAGCCUCCCGACGCGACCGAGCACGUCUACGACGAGAUUCCACUAUCGUCGCCGUUUUUUUUCGCCAAAGACACGUAGAGUUUGGAGUAGAGCAUUAUCCGCGCGUCGACGUUUCUCGAUAAAAAAGCUACUCGAGAGGAGAGUCUCGAUCGAGUGGGCUCGUGCGGCUCUGAUUCAAUUACUACUGUGACACUUGUAGCGCAGUAGAUUGGACACAAGUCGACCGUAUGCAAUGUUUAUUAUUCAUGGACAUUUUUAUUGUCGACCAAUCAGAAGUAAAUUUUGAUUUAGAUUUUCAAUGGGAAAUCCAUAAAUCAGUAUGUAUUGUUAAAGUUGAUAUUCAAACCAAUUCGGAAAGCAAAUCAUUUGUUUUUGCUUCUUCGCAAAUGUAUACGAUUGGUUUUAUAUGAUUUUAUUUCAUAUGCCAAAAAAUAUGAUUAAUAGCAGUAUUGAUAGUGAUUCGGAUGAGUCAAAGCAGUAGCCAGUUUUGUAUGGAAAUUUAUUUGUAAUUGCAGCCAAUGAAAAUAUUUGUACGACAUAUUUAUAGCAUAGGUUAAUAAUAAGAAUAAGUAGAUCGUUUAAAUAAUUCUGAAAGUUAGAUUUUGUACUUCAGUAUACAUUGAAUUUAUUAUAAAAAUACAUGACGUGUGCCUAAAUUAGAAAAUUGCACGAUGUCAUGGUUAUUACGAUAUGCACCUUUAGCUCUCGUUAAUCUUGGUACUUUUAUUUCUUUGUAAAAACAAAUUAAUUUAUAAGCCAAAAAGUUAUAAAUAAUGUACGUAACGCAGUAUUUCAUAAUAUAUAAUCCAAACGUCGUUACAUAAUUGUACCGCGGCUUAUAAAUUUCAACAAUGAGUACAAUGUGUAAGCGACGAAUUGCAUUUCAUAAAAAAUAAGUCAUGCCUCUAUAUUAUGUUUCUCUAGGCUUAAGCUCAUGCAAAUGAGCGCAAUGUACAAUACGAGUCAAAUAAAUAUUUGGUAAAGAAAAUCUUGUA